AUGGCUCAACACGUCCAAACAAUUCAAAUCCCGAAGCAAAGUGUUCAAAUCAUCAAGUUGAGGAAAGCUCAGCCUAACCCAGGGUCUUUCAAUUCUCAGAUCUCUGCCUACAACCAAUAUAUAGUGCUUGUCAGCCAGCCUAAGGGAAGGAGAACUACUCUGUUUUUGCUAGAUAAGGAAUAG